UCGCAGUGUAUUUCAAGUAAACAGGUUCGGUUUUGCAUUGCGUUUACUGACUUUUUUUUACAUCGAAACAUUUCAGUGCUUCGAAUCGUUUUGUGGCAAUUCUUUAUAGCGUACAUAUGGCUUAUCCAGGAUAUGGCGGGUAUGGAGGACCAAUGCAAGGCAUGCAACCCCAGGGUAUGCCCAUGCAGGGUGGACUCAUGGGAGGCCCACCCCAGGCAGGCUACCCCCAGAAUGGUGGAGGCUACCCUGGGACCUUUGCUGCUCCUCCUCAGCAGCCUGUUAAUGACCCCAUGUGGGGGUACUUUACUACCAUAGCAGGACAGGAUGGGGAGAUUGAUGCAGAGGAGCUUCAGAGGUGUCUUACACAGACUGGUAUCAGUGGCACCUAUACUCCCUUCAGUUUGGAGACAUGUAGAAUCAUGAUCGCAAUGCUGGAUAGAGACAUGACCGGAAAGCUGGGCUUCAAUGAGUUCAAGGAGCUGUUUGCUGCCUUGAGUGGCUGGAAGCAGAACUUCAUGAUGUUCGACCAGGACCGGAGUGGCACGGUGGAACCCCAUGAGAUGACCCAGUCCAUCUCCGCUAUGGGCUACAGGAUCAGCCCGCAAGCGCUGAACGCUGUCAUCAAACGCUACAGCAAGGCUGGCCGGAUCUAUUUUGACGACUAUGUCGCAUGUGCUGUGAAGCUUCGCGCCCUCACAGAGAGCUUCAGGAGGAGAGACCAGAUGCAGCAGGGGGCUGUCAACUUCCAAUACGAUGACUUUAUCCUGUGUACAAUGGCCAUCUGAGUGGAGUGGAGUGGCACUUCAACCGACAGUCUGGGGCUCGCUGACCACUUCCCCUAAAUAAUGGGAAGGCACCAAUCAAUAUUAGCCAAUAAUUCUUAGGUCGAUUCCCAUGACCAACUUAAAAUGGGGAAGGAGGUUACAACAGAAACCGUUUGUUUGCCAUAAUGUCUGCCUUGUACACAAUACAGGAAUGUGCAGAUUUGCCAGAUAACACAUGGUGUGUUUCUAAAUGUAUCUGCUUGUUGUAAAUUCUGUUGCUAAUUGACAGUGGUAGGUUUAAACAAAGAAAGGGAUGGCAAAGCUGUUACUGAUCUUUACCAUGGUGACUUUUGUGCCAUUACAAUCUCGGAUCGUCGCUUUCCAGAUUCAUCCCCACCACUGUAUAUGUUGUUUUUGUAACCACUAUAUUUAGGUGUGAAUUACUUUUACAUUAAACACUCCAUACAUUAAGUAUAGAUAUAAUAUUUUUAUUACAAAUAUACAGUUAUGCAAUUUUUUUUUUAAGGAUAACUAUAUGCGUCUCUUGAUUUGAAUGAAAUGUGGCCUAACAAUACACAAAUUAAACAUUAGGGCGUCCACAAAUGUAUGAAUAACCUGCACUGUGUUGUAAACCUGCACUGUUAUUCCUUUGCAAAGAAAAGCAUGCAUUAACUACCACCAACUAAUUUUAAUUAAAAAAAUAAUAAUUUUGUGAUAACCUGCAUUUUUAUAGUUCAGGGUGAAAUAUUUAUCAGACAUGUAGUUAAGUGCAUUGUGACCAUUGGGGCAUUCAUCAGUGAUAUUGGUGUUAUUCACAACACAAUAAACUCAGUUUGUAGUCA